CACGGGCCAUCUUCUGUUCUCGUCACGGCACAGAUAUGACGUCACUUGUUUCCUCAGUAUUUCUGAUAGUCGUCGCCCUGGCUGGCUACACGGUGGGGCAAUACGCAACUGUGCAGACAACGUAUGGAGCUCUGCGGGGCGUGGGUAACACCACACUCAACGGAACCUCUUACUACCAGUUCUCUGGCAUCCCAUUUGCAUCCCCUCCUCUCGGUGAACUUCGCUUCAAGCCGCCGCAGCCGCCAGCUGCCUGGGAAGGAGUGAGGGACGCUGUGGAGGAGGUUGGCGCCACCUGUUACCAGGAUCGAGAUGGCUACCUGUUCGGAGCGGAAGACUGCCUCUACCUAAACGUCUACACACCUCAGGUGUCGGAGGACGCGCUGCUACCGGUCAUGGUCUGGAUCUUUGGUGGUCACUUCACCGGUGGCAGCAACUCUAAGGAAGACUGGGGGCCCGACUUCUUGCUCGACCAGGGAGUCGUUGUCGUCCUCCUCAACUACCGACUAGGGGUCCUGGGACUGCUCAGUUUGAGUGACCCGAUCGCCAUGGGCAACAACGUUUUCAAGGACCAGGUGGCUGGUCUCCAGUGGGUGCAAAGCAACAUCCGCGCAUUUGGUGGCGACCCGGAGAAGGUGACGCUCUUCGGACAGAGUUCCGGCGGCAUCAGCGUCGAGAUGCACAUGUACUCACCGCUCUCCAGAGGGUUGUUUCGGGCAGCCAUUUCACAGAGUGGAUCGGCCCUCGGCGGAGACCACAUUGCGGACACGAACCGCGAGAUCGCCUUCUGUAUCGGCGCAGAGCUGGGCCUGCAGACAGAGGAUCCCCAGGAGCUGCUUACCUUCCUGCAGUCGGCGGAGAUUUCCUCGCUGUUCACCACGAGUUGUGGAGUGGGCUUCAUGAUCGCCAUAGAGCCUGAAGCGGAGGGGGCAUUCAUGACGGCGGACCACAGCAGGCUCGGAGCGUGGGCUGUUGCAGGCAACUAUACUCCUAUGCCGCUCCUUACCGGCGUUACCACCGGCGAGUACAACUUGCAGCUGCAGAAUGAUGCGGGAGGCGAGCCCACCAUCGCCGAAUCUGUACUGGAGCAGCUGAACUCGGACUUCGAGGCGGCCAUCGACUUCGUGCUGCGCCUGGGCGACAUAGAGUCGAAGCGGCAGGCAGCGGCCGCCCUCAGGCAGUACUACUUCGGCAACGUCACCAACAUCACGGCUGACAACACCGUCCAGUACGCAGCUAUGAUGACGGACCUGAACAACGGAGAGCCGGCAGACACGACUGUGCGACUGCUGAGUACCACCAUGACACAGCCCAUCUUCUACUACCAGUACGACUACACGGGGAAAAGUCCGGUCGACUUGCCUGGUGCCACGCACACUGCAGACCUGGACUCCAUCUGGCGGGCACCCGACCAAAACCUGGACCCUGACUCUGACGAGCAGAAGGUGCGCACCACAGUCCUUAAGCUCUGGACAAACUUCGCCAAGUACCUGAAUCCCACCCCCGAGGACGAUCCUGUGAUUGAGGGCGGCUGGCCUACCUACAACUUGGAAACGAAGUACUUCCUCAACAUUGACGUCAACUCUACCGUCCAGCAAAACAGGAACGCUGAGCGAAUGGACUUCGUGCACUCAGUGAUUCCUCCGUACUACUGAAACUUGCUGUGAUUAAAAAACUGUAGACUACAUGUCGUAUUAUUUAAAUACGAAUGUUAAUUAAAGACUGGAUAUAUUGUACUGUAAGA